AUGAACAACUUGCUCCGUACUCUUACGGAAAGUCAAGUAAAGCCGGCUGGAGAUCUCCGGCUUCUGCUUACUGCCGUCAAUGAAGCCAGGAAUCAAGAUAGCAAGUUAUCUGACCCGUUCUUUGAUUCGCUUGAAGGUCUUUUGGCUGAUUUGAGGUCGGUCACCAUCGACAACCACGACGCCGAAGCCUUCCUCAAACCCGUCUCAAGAGUCGACGUGCCAGACUAUUAUGACGUCAUCAGCAACCCCAUGGAUUUUCAAACAAUGCUCAAAAAAGUAAAACAAAAAGCCUACAAGUCAAAACGCGACUUCCGGGACGACCUCGAACUGAUCUGGUCAAACUGCUACAAAUACAACGCGGCGGAGGACCACCCCCUCCGUGGGUGCGUUGACCGACUGCGUAUAAAGGCCGAAAAACUGCUGCGGUACAUCACUGAUCGGAAGGAACGUACGGACCCUCCGAUACCCAACCACCAAUACAACUACCACCACCAAGCAGGGCGCGCGAUCCCUAAAGUGAAUGGCGUCAAGCCAUUGGCGAAGGAUGCGCCGUUUCUGGAGACGCCUGCACUUGUAAGGACGCCAGAGGGCAUGGCGUCCUUUUUGGCGCUUGACAAAGGGCUUUCUGUGGGAGACGAAAAGGUUUUGGAGCAGUUGAGGAGUUUCACGGAUCCUGCUAGUCCGAUGGAUUCUUCGCCACGACCGUCGAAACGCGCGAGAUUGGAGGAGGGCGAGGAUGAAGACACUUCGCAGUUAUGGUGGAACACCGUACCGGGGUUAGUGGCUAACGGAGUGCCGGGUAUCUCCCCUUCUUCGUCUAGUCCCCCCAAACAGCGCACUGUAUCGGUUCAGACGAACCCAAAGUCGCUGUUGAGCGUGAUGAAUGCGAAUAUCAAGACGAUGAAGAAGGUGAGGGGGACCCAUGCCAAGUUUGCUGCGUUGGCUGCUACCACGACGACGACGACGGGUGGGGAGGAAGCGGUGCUGGAUGGUGAUGCGGGUGUUGGGGUUGGGACUGGAGUAACAACGGGGUUUGGAGGGUUUGCGACGGGGUUGGCGGUGGAGGAGGAUGUACUCGUGGAGGGUGAUACCAUUGAUGAGCGGCCUUGGUUGGCUAGAAUGGAGGGUAAGGGUAAGGUUGUGGGGAGGGGAAAGAAAAAGGCAAAGACAAAGAGGAAGGAGGAGGUGUUUGAGGGUGGAAUUGAGAUUGGAGAGGUAAAUGCGCAUGAGUGUAUAAAGUGGAUGAAUGAGAAGGUUUUGGAGCAUGUUGGAUUUCAGGGCACAUCGGCGAGCGCGUUGGCUGUCCUUGCGGAUUUGACCUCCGAGUACCUGCUCAAUGUUGGUCGGACGAUCCGAUAUUUGGUGGACCAGUAUGCGGAGACUAUGACGCCAGAGGAAAUCAUCCUCCACACCCUCUUUGAGAGCGGUUCUUCCAAAGUACAAGAUUUAGAACGAUACAUUUCCGAUGAUGUCGAGCGAUACGGCGCACGGCUAAGUGAGCUCGAGAAGAAGCUUGUUGGGGCUUAUCGUGAGCUCACGGCGAACGAAACUCUGGAAGAUGAAGGCCUGUUCGAUGAAGAAGACGAGGAGGAGACGGGGGCGUUGGCUAUGGGCGACUUUGCGGAUAUGUUGGGCGAAGAUUACCUUGGACUUCGGGAGCUGGGUAUUGCUGCCGAGUUUGGGAUGUCGAGUUUGAGUAUCCCGAAGAGGUUGUUGAAGGGGAAGAAGGGGAAGGGUGUUGUUGCUGCCGCCAAACCAACAGAACCACCACCGCCAUACCCACCACCACCACCCUUCGUCCUGCUGACGUCCUCAAAGGUGGACGACCAGAUUGGGUUGUUGAGGUCAUAUUACCAGAGUCGAUUCGACAAACUGGCUGCGGAUGCUGUUGGGCCUGCGCAUCCACCACCUUUUAUUGCGCCGAGGCUUUCUGGGCCGAUGAUGCCUGGGAUUGCUGGACCGAGUGUACCUGCACUUGCUGGGCCAAAUGUGCCUGCACUUGUUGGGCCGAGUAUGCCUGCUGCGCCUGCGCUUGUUGGCCAGAGUUUGCCUGGGCCCACUGCACUCCCUGGCUUGUCGAUGCCAUCCUUGCCACCUCUGCCCACUAUGACGAAUGACCACCAAGUGGACGUCAAGCCUCCACUGGCGACACAAUCACAAUCACAAGGACAGUCGUCUCAAGCGACGUUGCCAUCCCACAUAGAAACGCUAUCUCAAGCAACGGCGCCGCCUCAAUCUACGGCACCAUCAUCACAAGACGUCUUCAUGGCCGCGCCUGCUCGACCUGCCAUCGAGCUCGUGCUCCCAGACGACGCUCCCAACGCUUUACAGAUGAAGAUGGGGCCUUUGGGUCAGAUUGUGAAAGUAUCGGGUGGGGCUGGAGGAUCGAAGAAGCGGGUGAGGGGACCGCAGGUUGCUGCGGCUGUCAGUGCGAGUGCAGCUGGGGAUGGGGGAGAAGGUGGUGGGGCGAAGAAGGCGGUGAAGAAGGGGAAUGUGGGUGUUGGGACUGGGAAUGGGAGGAAGAAGAAUUUAAAGCCGGGGGAACAGGGCCAGCCGCAGCCGCAGUCGCAGCCGCCGAUUUCUGCUGGUGUUGUUGCGAGUGCUUGA